CUACCGCCAGGGGGCGCCAAGGACUGCAGGGGGCGUGUCUCACCUGGCGCUCACAGACACCCCUCUUGCGUACUAGUGCCCAGCGGUCCUCCGCCCCGAUCCCCCCUGGCCUUGAGGGCGCGCCACAGUCCUAGCCCACCUCCGGAUCCAGACGUCCCUGCUCCGCGGUCCUCGGUGCCCCAGUCAUCCCACCGGACCCCUCAAGGGACACCAUCCCGCCACCUGCCCGGAAGCAACGACUUCCGCAGCGGCCGGACAGGUGCUGACGGCGCCAUGCCCUGGCUCAGGGACCUGGUGUUCGACUGGCAGCAGGGCGUGCAGGCUGUGGCGCGCGGGGACUGGGACUGCGCCCUGCGCCUCUUCUCGGGCGUCCCGGGGCAGCCGGCGAAAAUGUGCUUCAACGUGGGCUGCGUGCACCUGCUGGCCGGGGACCCAGAGGCCGCGCUGCGGGCGUUUGACCGAGCAGUGGCCAAGGAUGUGUACCUGGCCGUCGGCUUCUUCCAGCGUGGAGUGGCCAACUUCCAGCUGGAGAGGUCCCAGGAGGCCCUGUCCGACUUCCAGGUGGCCCUGGCCCGGCUGCGGGGGAACACGGCCAUCGACUACGCACAGCUGGGCCUGCGCUUCAAGCUGCAGGCCUGGGAGGUGCUGUUCAACGUGGCGGCAGCGCAGUGCCGGCUGGGACUCUGGGCUGAGGCGGCCCGCAGCCUGGAGGACGCUGUCUCCAAGGGGCCCGAAGGCGCCCGCCGUGACCUGGACGCGGCCCUGGCCCGAGUGCAGGGGCUAUGGCAGGUGCGGGCGGCCAGACGCGGGGUCGGCAUGGGCCGGGCCUCCCUCCAGGAACAGGGUACCCUGCAGCCUCGGAGCGUGCCCAGGGGCGAGGUCUUCCGGCCCCCCCGGCGCUACCUGGAGCACCUGAGGCCCAUGGACUUCCUGGGCAAGGCCAAGGUGGUGGUGGCCUCUGGCGCUGGGCUUCAGCAGCCCCAGGUGGGUGGACACCUCCCUCCCCUCAGCCCGGCCUCUUUGCCUGGGGUCUUGGGGGUUCCAGACCAGGGUAAGUGGGCCGGGUGGAGGGGGACAGGGGCCGCAGUACCGGGAGGACCCCCCCACUCCAGGCUGAGCCCGGGGACCAGCAGCCACCGCCAGGCACUGCAAGGGUCUCAGGCAGGGCGGGCAGCCUCCUCACCCGUCCCUGACAGGCGCUCCGGGGCCUGGCCUGCAGCCCGCCCCCCCCAGCAGUGGGCCAUCCCCGCCUCAGUCAGGCCCCGUCUCCCUGCCUGCCCUCCUGGCCGCGGGUCAGCCCCAGGCGCUGGGGUUUGGCUGAAGAGGGAGGGCGUGGGCCUCACUUCCUGCCCCGCGGGAAGGAGGGGGUUCCCCAUUCAGUGUGUCAGAGACCCCAGGGAAGGGAGUCACUGCCACCGGCUCCCCGAGGCUCCCACCACCCCGGGCCCCACCGUGGCCCCACCGUGGCUUCCCUCGCAGAGACCCCACCCGGAGCAGGCUGGCCAGCAGGCUCCUGUAGGGCAGCUGGCAGCUGGGCAGCCAGACCCUGAGCCCUCCGCAGACCCCAUGGGUGCUGGGGGAGUGGCCGCAGGGGACCGCAAGGGCUCGGUGGCUGUCACGGUGAAAUGUGCCUUUACCCUGGCCCUGGAGGCCCCGUGCGGAGCCAGCCUGUCCAGCCUGAGGGCCCUGCUGAGCGAGGCCCUCCCUGCCCAGGCCCAGUGCGGGCAGCUCAGUUACCGGGAGCCCGGUGACGGUGGGCGCUGGGUCCCCCUGCCUGAGGAGCGGGCGCUGCAGCGGGCCUGGCGGGACGCGGCUUCUGGCCCCUCGGGGCUGCAGCUGCGGUGCCGGGCAGUAGACGGCCGGCCGGUCCUCUGCCAGGUGGUGGCCCGGCACAGCUACCCCGCCCAGCGGCCCGAGGACUUGGACCUGCAGCCGGGGGACACUGUGGACGUCCUGUGUGGAGUGGACCAGGCGUGGCUGGAGGGCCACUGUGAUGGCCGUGUCGGCAUCUUCCCCAAGUGCUUCGUGGUCCCGGCCGGCCAUUGUGCGUGAGGAGCCCGGGCGGCCGCGGCGACACCAGCCCCGAGAAGCCCCGUGGUGGGAGGGAGGGUUUUAAU